GGUUGUCAAACUUAUUUCGCUUUUGAGGAAAUGACUUUGAAAUUUGGUCAUUAUUGACCAUUUAAGGAUAUUUCCUUCCAUAAAACAGUGCAAACGUGUUUUAGGAUAUCUAUAGUUGAAUAUAAACUUGCUGGUAAAACGAUCCAAGAUGGACUUUGCGUCAAAUUACAUCUUGAAUUAUAAUGUUUCGGAUGAUGAGUGUGUUUCUGAUGAUGAGCUGGAGCAUGGAAUGACACUCAGUGAUGAUUCCGAUGACGAUCAUGAAUAUUAUGACCCCAUUUUUUCAAAUGCACCAAGUACAGUUGCAACUGAUUGCAGUCCUUCAUCAAGUACAUCAGUCCCCAUUUAUGACAAUGUGGAAGAGGACGCUGCCCUUGGCCUGGUUGGGCCUCCCCCACCUCCACCACCACAGCAGUCCUUGAGGGCGCGGUUCUUCAAAAAGGCCAUGUCAGUUGGAUCCAGUUCCAAGUCGUCUGCCUCCAAAGUUGCUGAACACAAGGAAAGUGACCACAAGAAGAUGAGGAAAAUGACAAGGAAAAAGAGCCACUGGAGAAGUGCUCCGAACAGAGAUGCAGUCAGAGAAGUUGAGGGUGUUGGGGGAAAGAAAUGGCGUCGUGCAGACACUAACAUUGUCUCUUUAAAGUUUGGGACAUUGAUCAAACCGAGCCAGAUGCAUACCGGAGAUCCCGUAUAUUGUAAAGAGUGCGGCGGAUUAUUGUCACAUGUUAGUCACAUCGAGACAGACCGAAGUGAUCAGGUUUGGUGCUGUGAGUAUUGCGAUGAGAGGAAUAUCGUUGAUGUGAUACCAGAAGAGAAGCCACAGCAGGGAGACGUGACAUUUAUGCUGGAGCCGGCAUUGACAACAACCGCUGCGGGGCGAUCCGGGACAGACCAGUCUCUCAUCAUUUUCUGUGUUGAUGUUUCUGGUAGCAUGUGUGUCACUACAGAGGUACCUGGGAAACUAAAACUACGAGGAACAAAUGCUCUGCAUCGAAUGCAGUCGUUCAACGAGGGCCACGAGGAUCAACAUUUACCUGGCGAGAGGAGGAACCUGACCUAUGUCUCUCGUCUUCAAGCCAUGCAGGCAGCAGUAGAUUUCCAGAUCGGCGAGAUGGCUAAGGAACACCCGAACAGACGAGUGGCACUAAUCAGCUUUAAUAAUGAGGUGAAUGUUAUUGGAGACGGCAGCGAAACUGAAAUCACCAUCGCUGGAGACAAACUGACACAAAAAGAGACACUUUUUCAACUGGCAUCAGAAUUAAAUCUCCCACAGGCUGUUAAGGCAAGCAGACAAAUCCUUGGAGAAAAAGUCUUCAGCUUGGAGGAGGGAGGAUCAACAGCUCUUGGACCAGCAUUGGUCAUAUCUGUUGCCAUGGCGGCCCAGUGUCCAGGGUCAAAGGUAAUCGUGUGUACGGAUGGCAUGGCUAAUGUCGGCCUUGGAAACCUGGAUAAUGUCGUAAACGAACAGCAGCUGGAAGACUCGGAGAAUUUUUAUACGUAUGUAGCUGAGACAGCUAAAGAGAAGGGUGUGUCUGUGUCUGUGAUCAGUAUCAAGGGUACAGACUGCAAACUUGUUGAACUGGGGAAGAUUGCUGACAUUACUGAGGGACAGGUGAAUAUUGUGGAUCCUCUGAAACUGACAGAAGAGUUUGGCAACAUCAUUGCAAAUCCAGUGAUCGCAACAAAUGUCAAAGCAACUCUUGUUUUACACAAAGGAUUGUACGUUCGAUACGAAGAAACGAAUGAAAGUUGUGUUUCUAAAGAAAUCGGCAAUGUAACAGCGGAUAGGGAAAUCACAUUUGAGUUUGGAGUGAGGACCGCUGCAGAAUCAAAACCACAACAACCACUGGAUGAAAUAGCAGAAAAAGAUGAAACUCAGGAUGAAGGAGCAUCUGCUAAUGCUUCUAACCCUGUGGACACGCUGAAGGAGCUGCCAUUCCAAAUCCAGAUCUCCUACACUGAUAUGGAGGGCAAUAAAGCCUUGAGACUCAUUACGAAGACAAGACCAAUCACCAAGGAUAGGCAGUUAGCAGAACAAGAAAUCAACAUUGCCCUUAUUGGUACCCAUACUGCUCAGUUGGCGUCCAAGUUUGCUGUGGAAGGAAGUUACUCCAAGUCCAGGCUGACUGCCUUUAUGAACCAGAGAAUGGUAUCAAGAUACUCACGAAACAACAGGGAAACUCGUCCAGAAUAUGACAUUUAUGUGAGGAACAUACAACCCCUGGAGCGGCAAAUAGGAAAUCAGCAAAGUACUGAGCUCCAGUUGCACGGGCAGACUCACAGUGACUCUGAGGGUGACAAUGAGAUGGCAGAUGAUAGUAAUGAUGAGCCACAAGCCAGUGGAACGGUUGAGACGGAUGGUGCUCCAAAAGCCAAGAAGAAAGGAAUUCUAGCAAAGAUGAAAAAGUCAAGAAGUCGAAAGUCUGAAUGUUCAGAUCAGAUGGCAAACCUUAACUACGCAAUGAGGAAAUUCAAUAGCAGCAACUUCAAGAAAUAAUCAGGAGGGAUAGAAAUGUUCUCCUGAAGGCCUGAUUCCAUGCCAGCGGUUUAUAUAUACCUAGAAAACUUUGUCUGCAAUAUUUGAUUUAGAAAUUUUGCCCCACUGGAAUGACUGUAGAAUUGGAAACUGUCCUAGUGGAACUAGACCUUUAAUAGUCUUCUGAUAAAGAAGUGACCACCUGGUGCACCUGCGUUCAAAGAAAGAUGCAAUUUCAUACAUGUUCAAGUCAAAAAGCUAAAUACAUGUAUUAUAUCACAGUAGAACUGUGUAAUGUGCUUUUGAUAUAUAUUCAAGUCACAUAUUUGAUGAGUUUUUAUGUUGUUACAUGUAUAUUCAAGAAAUCAUUUCAGAAUGUUCAUAAUUUUUGUUACAUGAAGUAAAUUUUGCUUUUGAAGAUGUUUCGCAAAUUAAUUUCUUCGCUUUAAAAUAAUUCUGAUUACAUACAGUAUCUGUAACCAAUAAUCGAAAAUGAAAGUAUUCGUAAUUCACCAAAAGAUGUUCUUCACACAGAGCAUAAAAUGUUUGUGUAAUAUAUCUUGUCAUGGGCCCAAACCUGGGCCAUGACACCCUAGUGGUGAUGAGUUUGCCACUUGUAAAUAAAGGAAUAAUACACGUAUGUCUGUAUAUGCUGGAUGUCGUACUUAAACAUGUAAAAGGCCACUGCUAUAGGCAGGAGCAAGGUGGGCCAGAUUAAGUUGAACAAAGUUGUCAAUAGAUGUCUCCUUUAUCUCACAGUUCAUCAGUCCCUUUUGCUGGUAUAAAGAUGACUUUUAAGACAAAUGCAAACCAGCUCCCUAAAGUGCCCCUGCUUAACUGUACAUAUAGGCACCUGGAUAUAUAUUAGUCAAUUGCAUAUUGGGAACCUUGCCCCCAUCUAUUGUCCUCCUUUAAUGGUAAGGAACAAAUUUUACUUAUUCUUGAUAAAAUAAGAGAUAUUGAUACAUAUAUCUAAGAUUUGAUCAAAAGGUUUUUCAUAUACAUGUAUGAAAUAAAGAGGUAAGGUUAUUAGAUUUGAUAUUGUGAUAUAGCUGUUCUUUUAUAAUUAUUGUUAUAUACAUGUAAUCGAGAUUGUACUACCAGGCUGACAAAUAGAAUCCCUUGUGAUUUUGCGAGAUUAAAAUCAUUAAAGGGAGAACUUGGGUGUGAGAUUUAUGUAGUUAGAGAUCAUACACGAUACACCUAGUUGCCACCAUGUCAUACAACCAUGUACCAUCACACUAAUCGUGCUGAAAGGAAUUAUUUCACCAAUGUUGGUCAGGCAGUUUUAGAAAUAGUUUGUGUAUUUCAGGUAGGAUGUAAUUUCGUUCUAGUGUGUUUAUUGCAAUUGACGAUUUUUCCACGAUCGCGUUUGGAUAAUUCACGAUCCUGCUGGAAGCCAUCUUAGUAUAAAAACCAUCUCUUCUCGCACCCCCGCUAUGCUGGUUCAUGGUAGUACAUGUAUGCGUCAAAUAAUAUACAUUGUAAUGUGUUAAUUAUGUACUUAGAGUUAUGUGUUACUCUUCUUGUGCCAUCCUGAUGAAUUUCUACCCAUUUCAUGUGCAUUGUUGUUCAAAUAAUUUUCAAAACUUUUUCUUCAGGCAGCCUCUGUUAAUAGAGAGGAAAAGAGAUUAUCAAUAAUUUAAUGAAUGUCAACAAUGUUUUUGUUUUUGUGUCCUCAAAGGCUAACCAUAACAUCAUUCAGACAAACCCAUUCAUACGGCAUGUGAUAAGCCUUGUGCUCUACACAUGUCUCUUCAUGUACAUGUACAUACAUGGAUGUACAUUUUAUAAAAGUUGCAAAUCAAUUUGAAAAUAUGUACUUGUACAGAGUUAAAAUUUCAUUAAAGUUAUGCAGAUAUUAACCUUAA